AUGCUUCAAACGAUUGCAACUCCGAUCCCGAUAUGCCAAAAGAAGAAAACUGUGAUAAUGGCUCUGAAUCAGGCCACAGCUAUAAGAAAAAAAUACAGAAGAGGUUAUUUAAUACAAAUGAGCAACAUUCUUUUAAAGAAAGGGAUACAAACAAGAAAUCAAAGAAACGGAAACAUAAUAGCUUUGAAAACAAUGAUU